UUUUUUUGUUAAUAUCCGUUUCGGAACGGAGAAUAUUUUUAAAAAUUUUAAUUUCUUAUUAAAUAAAAAUCCCUUCUUUUUUCCAUUCUUCUCUUUCGGCUUCUUUCUCUUAAUCCACCUAAAUCCUAACAAAUACGACUAUCCGCUCAAAUAUUUGAAAUUAACCUCAGGGGCAGUUUUCCUUUGGACCUUUUUCCAUUUAAAAAGAAUUUUUUCAAAUUUUUAUUUAUUUAGCCUUAAUCAAAAAUUAAAAAAAUCUUUAAAAUGGCUGCUGAAGGAACUUCAACUGAUUUUGACAAUCUUCAACGAAAAUGUCAACAAUUAAUUGAAGAAAAUAUUCAAAAAGAUAAGAAGAUUCUUUCUUUGGAGCAACAAGGGGCAAAGAAAAAGUGCAAGAGAGGAAAGAAAAAGACCAAUCCUGGUCGUCAACAAAGAGAGCGACUGAAGCGAGCCAAAGCAGCAGCAACUACAACGAAAAUGGAUGCUCCAGCCCAGACCAAUCCUGGUCGUCAACAAAGAGAGAGACUGAAGAAAGCCAAAGCAGCAGCAACUACAACGAAAAUGGAUGAAUCAACACAGGUGACAGCGGAAUGUGAAGAAGUUGAGGAAGCAGCUGAAGAAGUUAUGGAAGUAGCUGCAACAACAGCUAACAAAGAAUUUUUGAAAGGACUUUUUUUUGAGAAUUUUUAA